AUGUCUGCUUCGCAGAUCUCCCUCACCAGCUCCGAUGGAGUUGAAAUCACUGUUGAGCGCGCCGUCGCUGAGCGCUCCGUGCUCAUCAAGAACAUGCUCGAGGAUCUGGGUGACUCUGGCGAGGCUAUUCCCAUCCCUAAUGUGAAUGAAGCCGUCCUGAAGAAGGUUAUCGAGUGGUGUGAGCACCACAAGAACGACCCCCCCACCGCUGGCGACGACGACGACAACCGUCGCAAGACCACGGACAUCGAUGAGUGGGAUCAGAAAUUCAUGCAGGUGGACCAGGAGAUGCUCUUCGAGAUCAUCCUCGCGGCCAACUACCUGGACAUUAAGGCCCUUCUCGACGUCGGCUGCAAGACCGUCGCAAACAUGAUCAAGGGAAAGUCGCCCGAGGAGAUCCGCAAAACUUUUAACAUCCAGAAUGAUUUCACUCCCGAGGAGGAGGACCAGAUCCGCCGUGAGAACGAGUGGGCUGAGGACCGUUGA